AUGCCUGCCGCUUGUUCAUCAAAUGGCCAUCUGAUGAACGUUUUGGAGCGUCCACAAGCGUGUGGAUGUACUACGAGUGAGUGCGAUGGCCUCACUUGUGGUACGGUCGUUAGUACGACUGCACAAAACCUUAGUGUACCAAACGGUUACACUUCGGAGCAAAGUUCCGGCGGCUGUGAGGAAACACAGGCUGCGCCGAAGGUCCACCACUCGAAUAAGUCGGGUGGACUGGGACAAAGAUGUAUCCCUAGCGGGGAACAUCUAGAAGAGAAACAAUCGAUCGCUCAGGUUAAGCGAAACGAUAAUCCUAGAUCGACUGGAGAGUCGUUCGUAGAGGAUAUCGCUGUGGUUGCGCAACCCCAGCUAGAGGAAGUAAAGGGAAUAAGUCCCAAGAUUACAAAUACGGCGGAAAUAAGUUCCCCGAAACCCGCGGGAAUAAGUCCCCGGGAAGCCGAAGGAAUAAGUCCUUCGAAGCAUGAGGGAAUAAGUCCCCAGGAAAUGACAGAGACAUUGAAUGUCAUAGUCAAUAACGGAUCAAGUGUAGGCGCUUAUACACUUGAUCUGAUUGCGCCUCCGAAGUUGACUUCGGAGAUCACUCAGGUGCCAACGCGUGAACAUAAAAGGUUCUUGCGUGAUCUGCGUAGUGGCAAAGUCAAGCAGAUCUGCAUACUCGUCGCUGACGACGAGUGUGUAACCGACAUAAGGUCAGCAACAGUGUUUACUGAGAACGAGAGAGUUCUCAGUAGUUCAUCUAUGGACGAGAGUGUCCUAGAUGAAAAGACACGAAUUGAGCGAUAUGACUCCCAAUCAUGGGAAUCGCUCAAGAAAAAUCCUCUCUAUGAAGAUUUGGUUGAAUUCAAGGAUGUAUUCCCUGAAACUGUUCCGUGCGAAUUACCGAAGGAUAAAGGUAUUCGACACGAAUUCGAGCUUAAACCAGGAUCGAAGUACUGUGUCAUGAAGCAGUGGCCACUGCCUCGUGAACAAGUACUCGCGAUCGACAAGUUCUUUGCCGAUCGUUUAGCUGCGGGCCAUGUGAGGGAAUCAACUUCCCCACAUAGCUCUCCGACCUUCUGUGUGCGAAAAGCAACAGGAGGGUGGCGGAUAGUGCACGCGUUCAACAAAUUGAACGCUGCAACGGUACCGGCUCAGACGCCGAUACCGAGGAAGGACGUAAUCAUUGAUGGUAUGUCAAAGAGUACCAUCUUUUCGUCCAUGGAUUUGAUGGAUGGCUUCUAUCAAAUCCUUAUGCGGGAACGGGAUAUACCCUAUACCGCAGUUAGCACGCCUAGCGGCAUGCUCUGGGAAUGGCUAGUAAUGCCACAAGGGCUCAGUAAUGCCCCUGCCACGUUCAACAGAUGUGUAUAA